GGGGAUAAUACUGCGGAGCCGCCCGAACUGCAGUCCCGCCCCAGAGCCGGCAGGGAGCAGAGCUGCGGAGCCGCCUGGUCUCCCGCGUCUGUGGGUCUGUUUUUAAGUCCUGUCCAUCCGAACGUGCACUGCAGGAGCAGCUACGAGGGUAGGAUGGCAGAGAGCACAGACGUGGCUGGACUGGAGGAGAGCUUCCGCAAGUUUGCCAUCCAUGGAGACUCCAAAGCUAGUGGGCAAGAGAUGAAUGGCAAGAACUGGGCCAAGCUGUGCAAGGACUGCAAGGUGGCUGAUGGGAAGGCCGUAACAGGGACCGAUGUCGACAUUGUCUUCUCCAAAGUCAAGGGGAAGUCAGCUCGGGUCAUCAAUUAUGAGGAGUUCAAGAAGGCCCUAGAAGAGCUGGCAACCAAGCGAUUCAAAGGGAAGAGCAAAGAGGAGGCCUUUGAUGCCAUUUGCCAACUGGUGGCAGGCAAGGAACCAGCCAACGUGGGUGUUACAAAAGCAAAAACUGGUGGUGCAGUGGAACGGCUGACUGAUACCAGCAAGUAUACUGGCUCCCACAAGGAGCGCUUCGACGAGAGCGGCAAAGGCAAGGGCAUUGCUGGACGGCAGGACAUCUUGGAUGACAGUGGCUAUGUGAGUGCCUAUAAGAAUGCAGGCACCUAUGAUGCUAAGGUGAAGAAGUGAGGCCUGUGAAGGGCCCCCCAGCACGGCUGCCCCUGCCAAAGGCUCAGGUAUAGGCCUAAGGGGCACGUGGAGCAAGAGCGCUGGUCCCCUAUCUGCCAGACCAGCCACCCAGAGCUUCCUGCCCAGCCCCAUGGGGCCAGCCCACCAGGCCUCUGACCCAGACUGCUAUGCAACCUCAUCCCCUUCUCUUCCUCCCUGCCCCUAAUUUCUGUCCCUCUGGGGAGAGUCUCACCACCCCAACCUAGCUCCAAGUAUGGCUAACCCUUGCCUGCUUGACUCAUAUUUAAGCUGCUGCUCUGGCCAAGUGCCUAAUUCUUCCCAGACCUCAAUAAAGACACCUUUCGUACCAA